UUAUAAAAAUUACUUAUGUAUAAACUUAUUGAUGUUAGGUGGAGACCCCCACGCUACAUAUUAGCUUUGUCAGAAAAGAGGCACCAGCGAGUACGUCGGAAGUAUCGGAUACUUGUCGAAGGAGAUAACAUUAUUCCACCAAUCAAAACAUUCAAAGAAAUGAAGCUCCCUAAAUGUAUCCUCCAUGGUUUAAAGAAGAAAGGAAUUACUAAACCUACUCCUAUACAGAUGCAAGGAUUACCAGCAGUGUAAGAUCUUUAACAAGAUAAGAUAUGUGUGAUUAAGUUAAAAAAAAUAAUUCCAGAUACUUGAUACCCAGAAGUAAACGGAAAAAACUAAAAUCAUCAUUACAUUUUAGUUAUCAGGAGAACUGUAUUUAAAUUUUAAAACCUAUUUGAAGCAAGGUAUACAGGGCGUCCCAAAAGUACAAAACGAGUUAAAUAUCAAAAAAUAUGCAUGGGAUAAAAAAA